AUGUCGAAAGCCCUUUCACACGCCAAGAUCACUCCCCACCGUUCAAGUGCCCGUGGCCACUCGGACCAUGGCUGGCUCAACACUUACCACAGCUUCUCUUUUGCUGACUGGUACAACCCCGACUUCACAAACUUUGGCUCAUUACGGGUUUUGAACGAGGACAGAGUCAAGGCAAACAAUGGUUUCCCAACGCACCCACAUCGUGAUUUCGAAAUCUUCAGUUACAUCCUCUCUGGAGAGCUUACUCAUCGCGAUAGCAUGUUGCAGAAGGGAAGCGAAGGCGGUCUUUCGGAUAAAUUCUACCGUAUGCACCGUGGAGAUGUACAGUUUACCACCGGAGGAACAGGAAUCGCGCACUCCGAGUUUAAUGAGCACAAGAAAGAUACAGUCCACUUCCUCCAGAUCUGGGCUCUGCCAUGGAAGCGAGGUCUCACCCCACGUUACCACACCCGUAACUUUCCGGAUGAAGAAAAGAAGAAGCAGUUCGUGCCGAUUCUGAGUCCUCUCAAAGGAGGCCCAGACGCAACUGCAGAGGAAGAAAAGAAAGCGGAGCCUACGAUUGCCGACACCAUCCCGAUCCAUGCGGACUUUGUCAUGGCCGCCGGCAUUAUUGCUCCUGGAGCUAAGUUCGAGUGGACGGUAGGCGCAAAGGCCACAGAGAGCAACAGGCGCAAGGUUUAUGUUCACCUGCCGAUGACAAAGGGCGGCAAAUCCAAGAUCCGUAUUGACGGGCGUGAUGAUGUCUUGAAUGAAGGUGACGGCGCAUUCGUAGACGGAGUUCGUGCAGGAGACAAGUUGUUUGUUGAGAGUGUCGGUGAGGCAGAUGCUGAGGUGGUUCUUUUGGACACAGCAUAG